AAACGCCCUUUUUAUGAUUUAAAACAUUAUUUGACGUUGGAAUAGUCCUCAUAAGUACAGUUUUCUUCAUUGUAGUGUGUUCUACCUUUAUGGAGUUGCAUUUCUUAUAAUUUUUAUUACAAACAAAUUACAUCCUUGGACGUACGAAUUAAUGAACCAUGUCUUCUGUUAUUACACAAACACAAGAACUAUCUUCGUAUAGCCCGUUUCUGUACCCAGAUUUUGCUCAACACAACCCGAGACUACAGCUACAUACUCGAAAUGUAUCAUUUGAUAUUACUCGUAACCAAUUGCUUUUAAUGCCUGAAAGCUUGCUAAUAAGCUUAUUUCCGCGAGGAUUGAUGCUGGAUUUUGCUCUUCAGGAAUCGGGAAAUGCUGUUCCUCCGCUUGAGACUGCGGAUUUUGACCCUGAACUCUUGUCUCACAUAUUGGACACGUACAUCAAUGCCUAUGAAAAGGCUUCUCAGCAUCCAGAGCUGCUCCCGAUGCCACCUCCAGGCUUUCCUGGACGUUGCGGUAUUAUUUUUCUGCGUGAAGACAUUGAAUACUAUGUACUAGAAGACGACUCUCCCUACACUGUUCGCAAAUCCAUACAUCUUGACUUCGAAGGAAAACGUGCGGCAAAGCGGAGGAUCGGAAACCUGCUUUUGCAAAAGAAACGAAUCUUUGAUGGUCUUAUCGAAACCGGGGCAGAAUCGGAGAACUCCACAGAAGCACAUUUAGUACGUAUGUUGUGUUACUGUGGUUUUACAACCAAUCAAGAGUGGCAAUACCGUAUGCAAGAACAAUCGAGAACAUGUAUUACUUCGGUGUCAAUUGUUAAUCUCGAUUUUUCCGCCGAUGAAGGUGACGAAAAUGAUCCUUCAUACGUUCCUGUCUAUCACAAACUGCUUCUUUUUUGGCGUAAACCUGCCCGUAAAUGCUGGUGGACAUCCAAAUUACGCACAGAGGUGAAGGGAGUUCCAUGCAAAUCCUGGGUUCGUCGUGUCUGGACGCUCGAGCUUUCAGUGUUCGGCGAGCCUGGCACCAAAGAACCCAUGCACCUACAGCAGGAUCCUAUGGAAUCUGAAUCUAAUUCAAGCUUCGAGACGCCAUCCUCACAAUCAUUAACGUCCCUAUCUACAGAGAUGCAAGAACAGAGCUAAUCCGUUGGUCGUCUACGGUCAAAGCGCAUGACACGAAACUAUGAAUGGGUAGCGUUUAUUCUUAAUUUAUGAGGUGGGUAUGAUUGGAAAGUGUUUAUUAAUUGAAAAUGAUUAGCAUUAUAAAACGUAACGAGCGAUAGGAGGGCGGAAAUGAAUAUCGGGAACUAGUAUUUUGAAAAAGGAUAACACCGGUUUGAACAGAAGGCAUUGCAAGGUUUUGGUGCGAACUCAUUGAAUCUCAA